AUGGACAAUAGAAAGUUCGGCGGCUACUGUGUCAAGUUUCAGAACAUCAAAAUAAUACUCGAUCGGAUCUGCACCCACAACAAAGCUGAAGGACUCAUCAUUGAGACGAUGUACAGAAACGCGGACCUUGAAAGAGACAACUACGCGCUUAUAUGGUCACUUUAUGAAGCUCAAAAGGAAAACGCAGCUAGUAAAAACUCCACCGAACCAAAGCAGAUCAAAGGCACUGAAAUGCAAAAAUCCGAUCUUAAAGACGCGGAAGAGAAGAUAGAAAAGCUACUAAAAGAGGCCGAAGAAGCAUCGAAAGAAAUCGAGAAACGGAAAUUAGCGGAAAAGGAGAUUAACAGCAAAGCAAGUAGUCUUCAGCGACGAAUCGACGCUUUGAAAAGUGAAGGCGAACAAGUUGCCGUCGAAAACGGGCGAUUGCGGGAACUGUUGCAAGAAGAGAAAACGGAAAACCAAUUUCUGAAACGAGAAAUUGAAACCUUGAAGAAGCAAGACAACUAG